AUGGACUUUGUCAAAGGGACCGAAGAUCACCGGGGAGUAAAAGUUAUUGCGGGUGACGAUAAGCACAAGAUCGGAAAGGUGAAACAAGUAGACAAAUUCUCGAAUCGCGUCUGGGUAGAAGAUGCAAAAAUGGGAAGGAUGACAAAAAAAGUCUCAGAAAUUCAAAUGGAUGACGAACAAUUAAACAAGGAUAAAACCGGGGGCUGGUGGAUGCGACAUUCUUUGAAAGCAAUUCAUGUGUCAAACCCAAAAAUGUAG